AUGGCUAUCUUAAAAACAAAACUGGGCAAGGUGGAGGUCCGAAUCAAGAGGUAUCCGGACGAUACAUAUUAUGACGAAUAUAUCAAAGUUGAGGGCAAGGAGAGAAGCACUGAUUUUAGUCGUGAGAGGUAUAUCAUUGCAGAGCCCGACAUCACCUUCUAUAUUGAAGUUAUCUUGAAGGAGGGAUUCAAGAUGAGCAAAUAUAGCUCCAUUGAUGCCCGUGUUUACGUGGCCGAUAAGGAUAAAUUUAUUUCCUCAACUACCCUUCUAUCGAGUGAUAUUGAAGGUUCAAAAAGAAAAGCAAAAACAGAUCACAUUCAAAAGAUGCAGUAUGUUGAUGUAAAAAUUGAUGGUCAGAAAAUACUUGGUGCAAGAUUUGCGUUCAAGAAAAUAGAGAUCGACGAGACACUUUUCAAUGAAACAGAUAUCAUGGGUAUCAAGCCGGAUCAUCUUAUGACGUUCACCGUGAAGCUGUUUUUCUUCAAAAGGUGUACUACUAGACUCUCGGACAGUAAGUACGAAAAGGUAUUGUCAGACUGGGAGAAAGCAUGUUCGGAUAUUCGGACUCCAAACUGCAAUCAAAUGAAGCACAAUGCUGAGCUUGAUGAUAACGCCAAAACGAACAAGCUCGACACCAAAGAUAUCUGGGACGUGAACAAGAUUGACCAAGAUAGCUACAAGAAGGGUGGAAUCAGCUCUGCUAUUGGUUUUUACUGCUUUCAUUGGGGCAAAGUGCGGCCAAAGGUUUCUCGGGAUUCUAUUCACAAAUCGGACCACAUUACUUUCCCUAUAAAGCCAAGCCGUACUAUUACCACUUGCACUCCUACAGCUGCCUCUGGAAUAUUUACAUAUCAUGGUAGAACCGCAGAAUUCUUGGAGCAAGUAGGUAUCAUCAAAUAUCCCCCAGCGCUUCACUGUUACUCCUGGAGUAUCUUAGAUGAUAGUGAAAGAAAGAUCGCUCUGAGUGAGUUGCAAGAAUUGAGCAAGAAACAAUGGCAUGAAGAUCGAGAAAAAGAAUCUGGCAUGGUGCUUCCCAUGGUUCGUAGCAGGGUCAAGGCAAGGGAGCAUCCAUGGGAAUGGCGCCAUUGGGACAAGAUGUACGUUGGGGAGAAACGGGUAGCAUUUGAGAAUCUUCAGAAUGAAAAGAAAAAUCGAGAGCGAGGUAUCGUCCAGCGUGAGUUUAAAAACGUUAUGGGCGAAAUCAUUUCUUUAGACGUAGAAGACGACGAGCCUUCCAGAAAGCCUCUCGAAAGGGGUAGAUACAACACAAAAAGAGAGAGAGCUAAGUCUGGUAAAGAAGGCGUACGCAUCAAGCGUGAAGCAAUUCAACGUGCUAUGGCGAACUCGGAUGUGAUACAGGUCACAACUGCAGAUAUCGCCGAGCAGAAAACAGCUAAUGUUGAUGAGGACGAUGAUUCGAUUAUCAUUGUCUCCGAGACCAAGAAUCCAAUUUUAAGCCCAGCUCCGAAGGGAAAGGAAAUUGCACUUGAGGACGAGGAGUUGAGAAAGGAAGAGGCUGCACUUGAGAAACUGAAGGAAGACAUCGCGCAAGAAGAGAGAGUUAUCAAAAUGAAGCGGGAGCGUGAUGCUUUGCAGGAGAAAAUUGAUGCAGCGAGAUCUAAGAAGCGAAUCAAGACAGAAUGA